GGGAUUUGUGUGCGCAUGCGCGUGGCAAAGUGCGUUUUAGAAUGAUUACCGGCGGAGGAAGAUUAUACGCUUCGACACAACUGUUGUUUUAAUCCCCUGGGCGAGGAGAUUUACACAGGAGAAAACACUGGAUACCGAGUGCAGCAGCCAUAUUGUAUGGGAAAACCACGAUUGGACACCAGUUUUCAGGAAAAAAAAACGUGCUUUUCUUCAACACUGACAGGACUUUGAAGAGUUUGUAUUCGCCUUCAAGGCCAGUGCCAGUGGGUUUAAUGUCGGUCAGCUAGCUUCGCCAGCUGGCUGUGAAAAAGAAAAAACCGACCGACGCAAAUUUUCUCAAAUUAUUUUUGUUCACUUGUUUAACUUGGAGAACUUCCUUCCACACGUUGAAAGAUGAAGGACCGAUUGGAACAACUGAGAGCGACAUGCAAUCAAGAUGAUGAUGAAGUGGAGAUUGCUAUGGACAACGCUGCCUUCAUGGAUGAGUUUUUCUCCCAUAUUGAGGAAAUCAGGAACAGCAUUGACAAAAUUGAUGAGAAUGUGGCUGCAGUCAAAAAGCUUUACUCAGUCAUUCUCUCUGCUCCCACGUCAGAUCAGCAAACACAAGAUAACUUGGAGGCAAUCACCAAUGACAUCAAGAAAAUGGCAAACAACGCUAGAAACAAACUCAAGACUAUCGAGAGGAAUCUGGAGUCAGAAGAACAGGAGAGGGUGUCAGCUGACAUGCGGAUACGUAAAUCACAGCAUGCAGUGCUGUCGAGGAAGUUUGUGGAGGUCAUGACAAAGUAUAAUGAAGCCCAGGUGGACUUCAGGGAGCGGAGUAAAGGACGUAUUCAGAGACAGCUUGAGAUCACUGGGAAGGCGACAACAGAUGAAGAACUUGAGGAGAUGUUGGAGAGCGGAAAUGCUGCUGUGUUUACUGCAGGGAUUGUGGACUCUGGCAUUUCUAAACAAGCCCUGAGUGAAAUUGAAGCCCGCCACAAAGACAUUGUUCGCCUGGAAAGUAGCAUCAAGGAGCUGCACGACAUGUUUGUAGACAUAGCAAUGCUCGUGGAGAACCAGGGUGACAUAGUAGACAACAUAGAGCAGAAUGUUUCCAAGUCAGUGGAUCAUAUCAUGGUUGCUAAAGAGCAGACCAAAAAGGCUCUAAGGUACCAGACCAAGGCACGCAAGAGAGUGGUGCAUAUAGUGCUGAUUGUUCUGAUCUUGGUGGCCGUGCUAGCUCUGAUAAUCGGGUUGUCAGUGGGCCUGACACACAGCUGACGACAUGUUUGAGUAAGACGAUUGCUAAGGAAGAUGAUCAUUAUUGGUGCCAUCUGUGCAGUGCUUGUUAUCAUCCUCGUCGCCAUCAUCCUCUCGCAGAUUCUAUAGCAGGAUCUCACUCAUCAUAUUCAUCAUUACAUCCAUUACCCAUGUGCAAACCAAAGAAAAGACUUAACGCGCUCCGUACCGCAUGUACAUCUCAAUCAAUAUCUGGUUGAACAUUUGGAGGAACAAGAAUCUCAAGGAGGCAUGUGAUCAAGAGAAAUUUUGACGUUUAUUCUCUGAAUCUAAAAGACAGUUUGUUCUGCCUCAAGUAAUGACCCGAGACUAAACCUGACGUGAGGCAGAACACUGGUGAAGGGCCACAAAGUAGUGCCACUCCACUGUCAUGCAUUUCACCAUUCACGUGAUGGAAAAUGGCUUUGAAUCCCCAACAGGUUCAGGUUCUGACCCUCACGUUGAACAGCCCCCACCCCCUUUAUUAUGACUGCUUCCCUUUUGGGCCUUUGACACAUUUCACAAAGUACAGUACUGGGAAUUUCAAGGUCCUUGGAAGUUUCAGCACUUUAAUGUUGUUGCUAUAAUUUACAUCAGUGGUAAAUACUACUUUAUUAUAAGUAGGUUAUUUUUGUUUGUUGCCACUUUUGACUCCAAAGUAUCCCGCUGUCCUUCACUGGAAAAUACACAAAGUCCUGCACUCUUAUUGCAUAUACAAUAUACAAUAUAUACAAACAAGCAUUAUGUUUAUUUAAAAAAAAAAAAUUAAUAAAAGAUUUCAUUGCUCAGGGCUAUAAAAGGCCUAAGGUAUUACUGCUAGUGACCGCAGUAACCAAAAUGUUUGUAAAUUUGUACUUGUUUGUUGUUUUGCUAAUAAAGUCACCCAACUAUGGAUAGCAUUCAAUGAUGUCUGGCUGGCGGAUUCUUAUAUCAGGGUGCUCUCUUAUUACAUUUAGUUCAGGAUAAUGGGAAAAUAAUUGCCAAAUAAAACUAUCAAAUAUUACUUCCGACAAUCUAAAAGCAACAUGAAUAAUAUUUUGUUCAUGCCAUGCAUACGUACCAGUGCAGUUACUGUGCGGCACGCAAGAAAUAAUUCAGAUCCAAGUUUUAACUAAGAUUUAAUGUCUGACUGCAUCUUUAUUUUUUAGCUUUUUUUUUUUUCAAUCCCAAGACUAAACAAUUGAAUUUCAAAAGUUAUUGUUACUGAGUCUCACAGGACGAGUUUAAAUGUGUCAUGCCUGCUCAGUGACUGCCACGGACGAGCAGAACAGUCACACAUUGUGUUCAAGAACCACGGUCAGAUAUUUCCACAUGGAAAAGGCCAGCUUACCGUCACAUAUAACGAGGGAACAAAGCUUUGAUUGUCCUCUGUUUUGAGUUAAUGUAAUGCAAAUUAAAGUUUUGUGUGUUUGAGUCCGUGCUUUCUUAUAAUUAUGUCUCUCUGGUUCCUAUAUUGCCCUAUGAAUCUUCUAUUAAAAGCAUUGGAAAUGGGGGAAAAAUAGGCAAGUUAUUUUUCCCUUUACUGUGAUAAUUCUUUUUUAAACACACACACAUCUCUUUCCCUCUGUUAUCCUUCUCCCCACUCAGUGUGCCCCAUGCAUUGUGUAUUUACAAUGCCUGAAUGAAUAUUUUCUCUGUGUACAGAAAAAGAUGAUGAUAACUUUGUGUUGUGCCAUCAUUGGAAUCGUGGUGUUCUCCUAUCUCUACAGCUUCUUCUCAUAAAAGGUAUCAAGCAUCAACAUCAAAUUUGAUUAAUAAUUUUUCCCCAUUCUAAAUGUUUUUUUUUUUCCUCUUCGUGUGGUGUUUGCUUCAGAGAGGACUUCAACUAAAAACGUUCAUCACCCUAACUGAAUUGAAUCAAAAAAUGUCAAAUGUAUCCCUGCCUGGUCUGUACCCACCAUACCUCCCUUUAUAUAUUGUUCGAAAUGUCAUUGUUUUGUUGCUGUGUCAAUCAUCAUGCUGUAAUGUUUUUGCCAAAUCGUUCCCUGGCGGACUGCACCACCCCCUAGUGGUAAUUUAAAUGCAAACUCGUCUUUUAAAAGAGUUCAAUUGAACGUUUGCAAAGCGUUCCAAAAUUUGUCUGACAACACUGUCCAGUCUAGGAGUUAAAAAUCGCGUUACAGGCGUUCAGAUCAUUAUUCGGGUAGAAGUAUUAUUUCAAGAAUUAUUUGGUGUCAUAAAUGUCAUGAUUUGUGUGUUACUAUGUGCUCUGAAAAUGCGCGUGUUCAUAAUUUGGUUUUUUUUUUGUCUUGUGACGAACUCCCUUGGCUGCCUGCCAACCCAGAAAAGCGUCUUACGUAAUAAACUAUAGGUGUGCGUUGUA